AUGUCUUUCAAGGAAAUGCAGGCAUUCUUUUAUGACAAACAGAUCAAUGAGAUGAAAAGCCAGGGAGAGUACUAUACCAUCUGGAGAGGCAACCCCAAGUUGGAGUUAGAGGUGGUGUUGGAAGGAAGAGAAAAGAGGUGGAAUGUAAAGGCACUGGUGGAUUCUGGGGCAAAUGACACUUUCCUGGACAAGAAAUGGGCUGAUGAGAAUGACAUUCUUCUCAUCAAGCUCAGACAACCUGUCUCUGUUCUGAAUGUCAAUGGUACCACUAAUGUUGUGGGUAAUAUCACACACAUCACCUCCCAGUCAUGA